AUGCCCUUGCUGUCCAUGUCCCAGGCUCUGAACGAGGUGUGUGAUGAGAGCCCGAGUCCGAGAGAGUCUGAGUGCAGCGAGGAGGAGGGAGAUCCAUCCGAAUCCGUCACCUUCAACUCCAACAUUGACAUCAGCAGAUACAGCCGUUAUCUCCAGGAGAAAGAGACGAUCGGUCAGCAGGGGAGGCCUGGCGAUCAGCAGCACAGCCUUUCACAUGCGCCUUUGGCUGCUGGUGCACCCAGGAGCCCUCACACUCCCCUUCCCACAGCGGUGCCCUCCGGGGAGCGGGCAGCUCUCAACGCCACGGCUGCGGUCCAGAGAGUGCGGCCCAGACGACAGGCGGCGGCACCGAGCCCAGCCUCCCCGCGGCACUCCCCCGCCCUCGUCACGCACGUCCUCAACCCCCACCCCCGACCCCGCAGCAGGGCAGGUAAGAAGAGCAAACCCCUGGGCUCCAGUCGGAGGCGCUGUGAGGAGCCCCCAGGUCUGGACAGUUCGGCAGUUGCCGCUCUGAGCAGCAACCAGUCCAGCCUCGAGCUGCUGCAAAGCAUGCUGGGUGAGGUGGAGCAGGAGCUGGAGUCCUUGGACCACCAGGAUCCCCACAGUAGCGUGGCCCCACCUCACAGAGCCCCGGGACUGACUGGUUUUUCAGUGUCCUUGGUCUCCACGCUGCGUAGGCUGGCCCAACACCUCAGACAGAGUGACCGUGCCCUGCAGGGGGAGAUGGCACAGAGGAGGAGGCUGGAGGGCGAGACGCGAGAGCAGCGCAGUCUGAUCGACGCCCUGACAGCGGAGGCUCUGGCCCUGAGAGAGGAGAACUCAGCCAUGCAGGUGAAGCUGCAGCAGCACAUUGCAGCAACAGAGCAGCAGCUGAGCUCCGUGAGAGAGGGGCUGAGAGCACUGGGAGUGAAGACAGACUCUGAAGAGCCACAGUCCAGACUGGCAGCUGACACUGCUGCCAUUGGCACACAAAGCACAGACGGAGGGAUGCCAGUACCGACCGCGAUCCUUCCCGGGAACGCGGGUCCGGAGCAGGGGCCCUCCGGCACGGUCCUCCCACCACACCUCUUUCACCCCGCCGUGCUUUUGUCACCCCCCCGCCAGAGAGACAGCCUGCCCGCCCGCACGGCACCGUCAGUCGUAAGAAAUGUCUUCGCAGAAAAUCGGGAUCCGCCCCUCAACGGACAGGGCAGUGGCAUGGGGCAGUCGGGACCAGACAGACAGGUGGUGCCCUCUAUGGAGGAGGUUACUUCCCAGCGACCCCGGGACGAGCUGGAGGAGCUCAGCGUGGCAUCCUCCUUCGCCAGCCUGCCCAGCUCCAGCCUUUUCCCCAGGACUGGGCUCCACAGCGGAGCCAUCCCAGAGAGUCCCAGACCCGAGCAGGCUCCCGCCGGGAAAGCAGAACUCUCCCAACUUCCGAGUUCUGCGCAGAAGCAGGAGUCCUUGCUGGGCCACAUCACGGAGCUCAGCAGACAGAAUUCUCUCAUCCGGGCGCAGCUGGGGCAGUUCAGAUCCCAGGCAGCUGAGGCCGCUGUGCCCCAGGAGAACAAAAACACAGCCUCAGCACCUGCCAGGAAGGCAUGUGUGGCCGAGGAGCAUGGAGGACAGGUUAGACGCCCUGACAGGAACACUUCCUCAAUAAGUGCACUCUCAUGGAUACUUAGUCCUGAGUCUACUAUGUAAUAUUCUCAACUUUUGAAUGUUUUUAAUUGCCCCUUGGCUACAGACCUAGUUCUACAAGACAGCUGAACUUUAAAUUCAGAAUAAUGUCAGUAGUCGCAUGCUUCACCAGUGGAGAAUUAUUUGGUCCCGAUUGAAUUGACUUCCGUCAUCCUGACAGGAGUGAUGUGUUUUUUUUGCUUUCAACCCAGCCACC